UCGCCGCUCCUUGUCUUAACCAUUCACUUCUCUCUCCCAUUUCAAUCUUCUCUCCCCCUUUUCUUCCCCUAUUUCCAUGUCCGAGUCAUUAUCGCAGAUUAAACGCAGAUGCUAUCCUAGUAUGAAAACAUGGUUGCUUUUCUGCUGUAGAUACUAAGCAACAAUGUCGAACUUUACACCGAAAAACAUCCUCAUCACUGGGGCUGCCGGAUUCAUCGCUUCACAUGUCGCAAACAGGCUUAUACGAAACUAUCCCGAAUACAAGAUUGUCGUGCUCGACAAGCUUGAUUACUGCUCCAAUCUCAAGAACCUCCUUCCUUCCAAAUCCUCUCCCAACUUCAAGUUUGUCAAGGGAGACAUCGGUAGCGCUGACCUUGUCAAUUACCUUCUCGUCGCUGAGAACAUUGACACUAUAAUGCAUUUCGCUGCCCAAACCCAUGUUGACAAUUCCUUUGGUAACAGUUUCGAGUUCACCAAGAAUAACAUUUAUGGCACUCAUGUGCUCUUGGAGGCGUGCAAGGUAACCGGACAGAUUAGAAGGUUUAUCCAUGUUAGCACGGAUGAGGUCUAUGGAGAGACUGAGGAGGAUGCUAUUGUUGGGAACCACGAGGCCUCGCAGCUCCUUCCGACCAACCCUUACUCAGCAACAAAGGCUGGGGCUGAGAUGCUCGUUAUGGCAUAUGGUAGAUCUUAUGGAUUGCCUGUUAUUACCACGAGAGGUAAUAAUGUUUAUGGCCCCAAUCAGUUUCCGGAAAAGUUAAUUCCUAAGUUCAUUCUCUUGGCCAUGAGAGGGAAAACACUUCCCAUCCAUGGUGAUGGAUCCAACGUUCGAAGUUACCUCUAUUGUGAGGAUGUUGCCGAAGCCUUUGAGGUUGUUCUCCACAAGGGAGAAGUUGGUCAUGUUUACAACAUUGGGACGAAGAGGGAGAGGAGGGUGAUCGAUGUAGCCAGCGACAUGUGCAAGCUGUUCAAGAUGGACCCCGACAAGGUCAUUGAGUUCGUGGAUAACAGGCCUUUUAAUGAUCAACGGUACUUCCUAGACGACCAGAAGCUGAAGGAGUUAGGUUGGUCAGAGAGGACCCCAUGGGAGGAGGGUUUGAAGAAGACAAUUGAGUGGUACACCAGCAAUCCUGAUUGGUGGGGUGAUGUAUCCGGUGCACUGCUUCCUCAUCCUAGAAUGCUGAUGAUGCCUGGUGGAAUCGAGAGGCAUUUUGACGGAGCUGAGCAGUACGAGUCUGGGAAGUCCGAAUUCACUGCUAACUCUACUCAGAAGAUGGUGUUGCCGCCUUCCAAGACUGGCCAAUCAAUGGAGAAACCGGCCUUCCGGUUCUUGAUAUAUGGCAGGACGGGGUGGAUUGGUGGUUUGCUCGGAAAAUUGUGUGAGAAACAGGAGAUAGCGUAUGAGUAUGGAAAGGGGCGUCUUGAGAAUCGCCACCAGGUUUUGGCCGACAUUAAUGCUGUGAAGCCUACACAUGUUCUGAAUGCAGCUGGUUUAACUGGUAGACCCAACGUCGAUUGGUGUGAAAGCCAUAAGACUGAGACUAUUCGUGUCAAUGUUGCUGGCACGCUGACCUUGGCCGAUGUAUGCAGAGAGAACGGACUCCUGAUGCUGAAUUUUGCCACUGGCUGCAUCUUUGAAUACGAUGCUGCGCACCCUGAGGGUUCUGGCAUUGGAUACAAGGAGGAAGACACACCCAAUUUCAUCGGAUCUUUCUAUUCCAAGACGAAGGCGAUGGUGGAAUCGCUCUUGAAAGAAUACGACAACGUCUGCACGCUGAGAGUCCGGAUGCCGAUAUCUUCAGACCUGAGCAACCCGCGCAAUUUCGUUACCAAGAUCUCGAAGUACAACAAGGUGGUUAACAUCCCUAACAGCAUGACAAUCUUGGAUGAGCUUCUUCCAAUUGCAAUUGAGAUGGCAAAACGAAACCUCAGAGGCAUCUGGAACUUCACCAACCCGGGUGUCGUCAGCCACAACGAGGUGCUGGAGAUGUACAAGCAAUAUAUUGACCCGGAUUUCAAGUACGCCAAUUUCACCCUCGAGGAACAAGCAAAGGUCAUUGUUGCUGCCAGAAGCAACAACGAGAUGGACGCGUCUAAACUGAAGAAAGAGUUCCCCGAGUUGCUCUCGAUCAAGGAGUCGUUGAUCAAGUACGUGUUUGAACCAAACAGGAAGACCCCACCCAAGUGAAGUGUCGUUAUCUAUGUGAGCUGCCUGCAUUUUGGUCUAGAUUAUCUUUGAUCAAUUUCUCUGUAUGUUAGCGUUAGUUUGAUGUUUAGAAAUAUGCCCUUCAUUUUGCAUUUGUGGAUCAGCUGAUUAGAUUUAUAUACAUAAGAAUAUAUGCUUGUAUUGUUCAUUUGUUGGUCCAUCACUCUUGCUAGAUGAGGCUAUUAUAUUGAUUUCAUGUUUCCAA